AUGGGAAUGACAGGUAACACUAGUCCCUUUGGGCAGCCUUUCAGUCAAACUGGAGGGCAGCAGAUGGGAGCUACAGGAGUGAAUCCUCAGUUACCAAACAAGCCAGGCAUGGCGAAUAGUUUGUCUCCCUUUCCUGCCGACAUCAAGAGUACUCCCGUCACCAGUGUGCCAAAUAUGUCCCAGAUGCAAACCCAGGUACAGCAAGUGGGGAUCGUACCGACGCAGGCAAUGGCAACUGGACCAACAGCAGAUCCGGAGAAACGCAAACUGAUCCAGCAGCAGUUGGUUUUGCUGCUUCAUGCUCACAAAUGUCAGAGGCGUGAGCAAGCAAAUGGAGAGGUGCGGGCCUGUGCUCUCCCACACUGUCGAACCAUGAAAAAUGUCCUCAACCACAUGACACACUGCCAAGCUGGGAAGGCCUGUCAAGUUGCACAUUGUGCAUCUUCAAGACAAAUCAUCUCCCACUGGAAGAAUUGUACUCGGCACGACUGUCCUGUGUGCCUGCCUUUGAAAAACGCUAGUGACAAAAGAAAUCAACAACCCCUUUUAGGGUCUCCAGCUGGUGGAAUCCAAAAUUCCAUUGGUUCUGUUGGCACAGGCCAGCAGAAUACUCCAUCGCUAAGUAAUCCUAAUCCAAUUGACCCCAGCUCCAUGCAACGAGCCUAUGCUGCUCUUGGACUACCAUAUGGCAACCAGCCUCAAACACAGUUGCAGCCCCAGGUACAAGGCCAACAGCCGGCACAGCCUCAGGCUCACCAGCAAAUGAGGACCAUUAAUGCACUGGGAGCCAACCAGAUGAACCUUCCUGCAGGAGGAAUAACAACAGACCAGCAAGCUAGCCUAAUUUCUGAAACAGCUCUUCCAACAUCUCUUGGGACAAAUAACCCACUAAUGAAUGAUGGCACAAAUUCUGGCAAUGUUGGAAACCUCAGCUCAAUGCCAACGGCUGCACCUCCUUCUAGUACCGGGGUAAGGAAAGCAUGGCAUGAACAUGUCACUCAGGACCUGCGCAAUCAUUUAGUACAUAAACUCGUCCAAGCCAUCUUCCCCACUCCUGAUCCAGCAGCACUGAAGGACCGCCGCAUGGAGAACUUGGUGGCUUAUGCCAGGAAAGUGGAAGGAGAUAUGUAUGAAUCUGCUAACAGUAGGGAUGAAUACUAUCACUUAUUAGCAGAGAAAAUCUAUAAGAUACAAAAGGAGCUAGAAGAGAAACGGAGAUCUCGUCUACACAAACAAGGGAUGUUGGGGAAUCAGCCAGCCUUACAGACCCCAGGACCUCAGCCUCCUGGUAUCCCACAGGUGGCUGCUGCCAUGGGCCAGGCACAGCCCGUAAGGCCACCCAAUGGGCCUAUGUCCAUGCCAACCGUGCCUAUAAGUCGUAUGCAGGUUUCUCAAGGAAUGAAUCAGUUUAACCCCAUGUCCAUAGGGAAUGUACAGAUGCCACAAGCACCCAUGGGACCCCGUGCAGCUUCUCCAAUGAACCAUCCUGUACAAAUGAACAACAUGGGCGCUGUUCCUGCGAUGGCAAUGUCUCCCUCCCGAAUGCCUCAACCACAGAACAUGAUGGGAGCUCAUUCCAAUAACAUGAUGGGUCAGGCUCCUACCCAGAACCAAUUCCUGCCCCAGAAUCAGUUUCCAGCAUCCAGUGGGGCUAUGAAUGUGAACAAUGUGGGCAUGGGUCAAUCGACAGCCCAGGCUGGGGUGGCACAGCAGGGGCAGGUUCCCAGUGCUGCUCUUCCCAACUCCAUGAACAUGCUAGGACCGCAGAGUGGGCAGUUACCAUGUCCACCAGUGACCCAGCCCCCUCUACAUCAGAGUACACCUCCUGUGUCUACUGCUGCUGGGAUGCCACCUAUUCAGCACCAAACACCAACUGGAAUGACUCCUCCUCAGCCAGCAGCACCCACUCAGCCUUCGACACCGGUCUCAUCUUCAGGACAAACACCAACACCGACACCGGGUUCUGUUCCAAAUGCAACACAGACACAAAGCACACCUACAGGGCAGACUGCGGCACAGGCUCAAGUCACACCGCAACCUCAGACCCCAGUUCAACCCCAGUCUGUGCCAACCCCACAGCCAUCGCAGCAACAGCCAACAUCUGUGCAGGCACAGCCACCUGGCACUCCACUAUCCCAGGCAGCAGCUAGUAUUGAUAACAGGGUCCCCACCCCUGCCUCAGUUGCUAGUGCUGAUACGAAUUCCCAGCAACUAGGACCAGAUGCACCAAUGCUAGAAAGCAAAUCAGAAGUUAAAACUGAAGAAACUGAGCCAGAGACUAGUGAGACACAAGUGGAAGCUAAGACUGAGGUGGAGGAGGAUUUACAAGGAUCUUCACAAACAAAAGAAGAAACAGAUGGAACAGAACUGAAACAGGAGCCAAUGGAAAUAGAAGAAAAGAAGCCUGAAAUAAAAGUAGAUGCUAAAGAGGAAGAGGAGAGCGGCACUAAUGGAACCACUUCACAAUCCACAUCGCCAUCUCAGCCCCGCAAAAAAAUUUUCAAACCUGAGGAGCUGCGCCAGGCUCUCAUGCCUACCCUUGAAGCCUUGUACCGGCAGGACCCAGAGUCUCUACCUUUUAGACAGCCUGUGGAUCCCCAGCUUUUAGGGAUUCCGGACUACUUCGACAUUGUGAAGAAUCCUAUGGAUCUUUCAACCAUUAAACGUAAAUUGGAUACUGGGCAGUACCAAGAACCGUGGCAAUACGUGGACGAUGUUUGGCUAAUGUUUAACAAUGCCUGGCUUUACAAUCGCAAGACUUCCAGGGUCUAUAAGUUUUGCACUAAACUUGCGGAGGUGUUUGAACAAGAAAUUGAUCCUGUUAUGCAAUCACUCGGCUACUGUUGUGGGCGCAAGUAUGAGUUUUCUCCACAGACCUUGUGCUGCUACGGCAAGCAGUUGUGUACUAUUCCUCGUGAUGCUGCCUAUUACAGUUACCAGAAUAGGUAUCACUUCUGUGAGAAGUGUUUCACUGAAAUCCAGGGGGAGAAUGUCACCCUGGGUGAUGACCCUUCCCAGCCUCAAACAACCAUCUCUAAAGAUCAGUUUGAAAAGAAGAAAAAUGAUACACUAGAUCCAGAGCCGUUUGUUGACUGCAAAGAGUGUGGUCGGAAGAUGCACCAGAUUUGUGUAUUACAUUAUGAUAUUAUUUGGCCUUCAGGGUUUGUCUGUGAUAAUUGUCUGAAGAAAACUGGUAGAACACGCAAAGAAAACAAAUUCAGUGCUAAAAGACUACAGACUACACGUUUAGGAAACCAUUUGGAAGAUAGAGUAAACAAAUUUUUGCGGCGACAGAAUCAUCCUGAAGCUGGAGAGGUCUUUGUCAGAGUAGUAGCAAGUUCAGAUAAGACAGUAGAAGUUAAACCAGGAAUGAAAUCCAGAUUUGUGGAUUCUGGUGAGAUGUCAGAAUCUUUCCCUUACCGUACCAAAGCUCUGUUUGCAUUUGAGGAGAUAGAUGGAGUAGAUGUGUGCUUCUUUGGCAUGCAUGUACAGGAGUAUGGCUCGGAUUGCCCCCCUCCAAAUACAAGGCGUGUGUACAUAUCAUAUCUAGAUAGUAUUCAUUUCUUCCGCCCCCGUUGUCUCCGAACUGCAGUUUAUCAUGAAAUCCUCAUUGGAUAUUUGGAGUACGUGAAGAAACUUGGGUAUGUGACAGGACACAUCUGGGCCUGUCCCCCAAGUGAAGGAGAUGACUAUAUUUUUCACUGCCAUCCGCCUGAUCAGAAAAUACCCAAACCCAAACGUCUGCAAGAAUGGUAUAAGAAGAUGCUGGACAAGGCUUUUGCUGAGAGAAUCAUUCAUGACUACAAGGACAUCUUCAAACAAGCAACUGAGGACAGGCUGACAAGUGCCAAGGAGCUGCCUUACUUCGAAGGCGAUUUCUGGCCAAAUGUGUUGGAAGAAAGCAUUAAGGAGUUGGAGCAGGAGGAGGAGGAAAGGAAAAAGGAAGAAAGCACUGCAGCUAGUGAAACAACAGAGGGAAGCCAGGGCGACAGCAAAAACGCCAAGAAAAAGAACAACAAAAAAACCAACAAGAAUAAGAGUAGCAUCAGCAGAGCUAACAAGAAGAAACCCAGCAUGCCAAAUGUGUCCAAUGAUCUGUCUCAGAAGCUGUAUGCCACUAUGGAGAAGCAUAAAGAGGUCUUUUUUGUGAUUCAUUUACAUGCUGGGCCUGUAAUUAAUACUCUGCCUCCCAUUGUGGACCCUGAUCCAUUACUUAGCUGUGAUUUGAUGGAUGGGCGAGAUGCCUUCCUCACUUUAGCCAGAGAUAAGCACUGGGAGUUCUCCUCACUACGCCGAUCCAAGUGGUCCACGCUCUGCAUGCUGGUAGAACUACAUACUCAAGGGCAGGAUCGCUUUGUCUAUACGUGCAAUGAGUGCAAACAUCAUGUGGAAACAAGGUGGCAUUGCACUGUCUGUGAGGACUACGACCUCUGCAUUAACUGCUACAACACUAAGAGCCAUGACCAUAAGAUGGUUAAGUGGGGCCUGGGUCUGGAUGAUGAGAGCAACAGCCAAGGAGAGCAACAGUCAAAGAGCCCCCAGGAAUCGCGACGACUGAGCAUCCAGCGCUGCAUUCAGUCCCUUGUCCAUGCCUGUCAGUGCCGCAAUGCAAAUUGCUCAUUGCCAUCCUGCCAGAAGAUGAAACGGGUUGUCCAGCACACCAAGGGCUGCAAGCGCAAGACCAACGGUGGCUGUCCGGUGUGCAAACAGCUCAUAGCUCUUUGCUGCUACCAUGCCAAACACUGCCAAGAGAACAAAUGUCCUGUGCCAUUCUGUCUCAAUAUCAAACACAAACUUCGACAACAGCAGAUCCAGCAUCGCCUGCAGCAGGCUCAGCUCAUGCGCAGAAGGAUGGCUACCAUGAACACCCGAAACGUGCCUCAGCAAAGUUUGCCUUCUCCUACCUCAGCAACGCCUGGUACCCCUACACAGCAGCCAAGUACACCGCAAACACCACAGCCUCCUCCCCAGCCCCAGCCUUCCCCUGUAAGUAUGUCACCGGCUGGCUUUCCCAGUGUGUCAAGAACUCAGCCCCCUACUACUGUUUCAACAGGAAAACCUGCAAACCCAGUUUCUGCACCUCCACCUCCGGCUCAGCCUCCACCAGCCGCGGUGGAAGCGGCUCGGCAGAUUGAGAGAGAAGCUGCCCAGCAGCAGCAGCAGCUCUACAGGGUCAACAACAUGAACAAUGGUUUGCCUCCUGGUCGCCCAGGACUAGUAAACCCAACGGUGGGUUCAGUGAACCAGAUGCAGCAAGUCAGCAUGAAUGUACCCCGGCCCAGCCCUGUAAGUGGUCCAGUGAUGUCCAGCAUGCAGCCUGGACAAUGGCAGUCGCCUCCAAUGCCGCAGCAGCAACCAAUGCAGCCAGGAAUGGCAAGACCAGUUAUGCCAAUGGCGACGCCACAAGCAGUGGCUGGGCCAAGGAUGCCGGGUGUGCAGCAGCCGCCACGGAGCAUCCCCCCAAAUGCACUUCAGGACUUACUGAGGACCUUGAAAUCACCAAGUUCUCCGCAGCAGCAACAGCAAGUUCUUAAUAUCCUUAAGUCCAACCCUCAGCUUAUGGCAGCUUUUAUAAAGCAAAGAACAGCCAAAUACGUGGCUAACCAGCCUGGGAUGCAGCCACAAUCAGGCAUACAGCCCCAGCCUGGGAUGCAGCAGCCACAGACCGGCAUGCAACAGCCAGGCAUGCAUGCUCAAGCAGGAUUGCAGAACAUGAAUGCAAUGCAAGCAGGAGUGCAGAGACCAAGCGUUCCUCCCCAGCAGCAAGGGAUAGGAGCUAUGAAUCCCCAGGGACAAGCGAUAAACAUUAUGAACCCCGGCCACAACCCUAGCAUGGCAAACAUGAGUCCACAGUACAGAGAAAUACUGAGGCGGCAAUUACUGCAGCAGCAGCAGCAACAGCAGCAGCAGCAAGGAGGGGCUGGCAUGGCAGGAGGGAUGGCAGGACAUAACCAGUUCCAGCAGCCUCAAGGACCAGGAGGUUACCCUCAAGCCAUGCAGCAGCAGCGGAUGCAGCAGCAUAUAUCGAUACAGGGGGGGUCCAUGGGACAGAUGGCUCAGAUGGGACAGCUGAACCAGAUGGGCCAGCCCGGCAUGGGGGCAGACGGCACUCCCAACAUCCAGCAAGCACUGCAGCAGCGGAUCCUGCAACAGCAGCAGAUGAAACAGCAGAUAGGGUCCCCUGGCCAGCCUAACCCCAUGAGCCCACAGCAGCACAUGCUCUCAGGACAACCGCAGGCAUCUCAUCUCCCUGGCCAGCAGAUCACCACCUCCCUCAGCAACCAGGUGCGGUCCCCAGCACCCGUUCAGUCUCCCCGUCCCCAGUCCCAGCCACCACAUUCCAGCCCGUCACCCAGGAUACAGCCCCAACCGUCACCUCACCACGUCUCUCCCCAGACUGGUUCCCCCCACCCGGGACUUGCAGUUACUAUGGCUAGCUCCAUGGAUCAGGGACACUUGGGCAACCCAGAACAGAGUGCAAUGCUUCCACAACUAAACACCCCGAACAGGAGUGCGUUGUCUAAUGAAUUGUCUCUGGUUGGUGACACCACUGGGGACACAUUAGAAAAAUUUGUGGAAGGUUUGUAGCAUUAUGGGAGCAUCACUUUUUUUUCCUUUCGUGUUCUUGGACAUUUUGUACUGAAAAUUCAGACAUCUGGGUUGUUUUGAAUCCUAGAUGGAACUGCUGCUUCCUACACAUGGAAGAAUGAAUUGCUGUUUAAAAAAAAAAAAAAACCCAACAAAAAAAACAAUACAAAGAAUAUAUUUUUUUGUUAAAGCCAGGCGGUUAAAAUAUCUGGUCUCUUUUGUGGGUUUUUUUGGUUUUUAUUUUUUUGUUGCUGUUGACUCAUAACUUUUUUUUAAUGGGGAAAACAAGGUCAUUAUAUUCAUAUUUUUUAUUUGUAAUUUCAAGACUUUAAACAUUUGCGUUUAAAAGAAGAAAAAAUAAUAUUCAGAAACUGUUUCCUGAAAUAAUGCAACAUUAUAACGUAUCCCGGUAACUUUGACACGUUGCAGGAAGAUUUUUUUUUUUUUUUCUAUAGUGAACUCUGCAGGCGUUUGAAGUA